AUGAUUUUCACUCGGUGCGACCCCGAGAGGGAUCUGGAGACGAUCAAGGAGAUUGAACGUCGAGAGUACCCCGCGGAUGAAGCCGCGAGCGACGCCGCGUUGGAAUUCAGAGCGCGCGAGGCGAACGAGUUCUUCAUGGUCGCCAAGGCCACCACCGAAGACGACGCGGCGCCGGGUGACAUCAUCGGCUACGUGUGCGGAACCCUCUUACCGAGCGACGAGCUCACGGCGGAAUCCAUGCGACCCGGCGCGCACGUCGUCGGCGGCUCGACGCUCGCGAUACACUCCGUGUGCGUCCGCCGUCAUCUUCAACGCCGCGGUCACGGUUCAACGCUCGUGCGCGAGUACGCGCACAAUUGGGUAUUCAACGCCCACGGCGGCGGCGCGACCUCGGGCGUGCGUUCGAUUCGAUUGUUGUGUAAGCCCGCGCGGACGGCGUUUUACCUCCGCGCCGGCUUCGUCCUCGUCGGUCCGUCCCGAGUCGUCCACGGCGCCGACGCGUGGAACGAGUGCGUGAUCACCGAGACCACGGCGCGGGACGAUCGUUCGUGA